AUGGUGAAAGUAUGGGAAAAUAUCAAAUGGUCACAUCCGAUCGAGCAAGGAAAAUUGACUGGUCAAGACAAGGACGUGGAAUCCAGCUCCGCGUUCACGACCCGUACUAUUACUGCGGGAAAUCCAAUCACCAUUAGGCAUUCUGCUACAACAAAGCUACGAAGGACACAAAUCAGUCAAGCUAUCAGCGCACAAGCGGUGACGAUCAAGGUGCACGACAAUCAAGACGACAAACAACAAUGA